AUGGAAACGGGAGUGGACCCGGAGUGUGGCGGGGCGGCGGGCAGCCUGCAGUUGGCUCAUGUGCAGCUGCAAGGGGGCGCCCCCUGGGGCUUCACCCUGACAGGGGGGCUGGAGCACAGCCAGACCCUCACCAUCUGUAAGAUGGAAGAGGGAGGCAAAGCAGCCUCGUCAAAGAAACUGCAGGUGGGGGACGAGCUGGUGAACAUCAAUGGCUGCCCACUGUACGGUUCCCGGCAGGAAGCUCUCAUUCUCAUCAAAGGCUCCCACAGGACGUUGAAGCUGGUGGUCAGGUCAGACACCGGCUAUUCCUCGCUCCUAAACAAACUCUUCCUUUCAGGGGACUUUGUUCUGUUUCAACAACUCACGUGACAUUUGUGUGUUGUUUUGUGAAUCGCUGGUUUGAGCUGCACAGGGACCGGCUGAGAUAGAGGCAUCUUAUGCAGAAUUGUUCGUGAAUAAAACU